AUGGACUUAGGAACACAGAUCGGAACAGAGAUCAAAACAGAGACAAGACAAGAAGAGAGACAUGUUUUCGAAGAAUACCCUGAACCUCUCAGAUACACCACAUGGGUUUUGAGAGUUUCUAUCCAUUGCGAAGGAUGCAAGAGGAAAAUCAAGAAAAUAUUGAGCAAAAUCGAUGGUGUGUAUACAACGAAUAUCGAUGUGAAGCAACAGAAAGUAACGGUGAUUGGAAACGUCGAGCCGGAGAUUCUGAUCAAGAAGAUCAUGAAAGCCGGUAGACACGCGGAGCUAUGGCCAACGUCAAUGGACAACAACAACGAUUGUAAUUACCAGAGAGAGAACAAACCAAGGAAACCUAAAAACGAAGACGACGAGAGCAGUGGCGAUGAUGAGGACGACGAAAACAACAAUGGCGGCGGUAUGGACGGUGGUGCAUGCAUUGGUGGUGGCGGCGGCGGCGGAGGAGGAGGAGGAGGUUGUGAUCAGGUUAAACAAGUUGUGACUUUCAUCAACGGUCAACCUCAACCUCCGACAGGUAAUGGAGCACCGAAGAAGAAGAAGAAAAAGAAAAAGAAGAAGAAGAGCUUAGGGAGCACGACGGUGGUGAUGGAAGGAGGAGGUGGUGGUGGUCCGCCGCAGAACGAUGGACCACCAGAGACUGUGAUAUACUCAUCAGCUCCACCAGAUCAUCAGCAGCAGCAUCCGUAUCCGAUGGCUCACGGUUCUCCACGUCAUCAUCCGCAUCAAAUGUACGGACCGCCUCCUCCAACGUAUUAUCACGUGCAGCCUCAAACGGCGCCGUCCUAUACGGUCAGCUACAACACGGCGCACGGGCCGGGUAACGGUGGAAAUGAGACGGCGUCGUAUUACGCGGCACCUCCUCCUCGUCCAACGUCGUAUUAUUCUUACGAGUACGUGGACACUGGCUAUGAAUCUCCACCGCCCGAAUUUUAUUCGUAUAGAUCUCAGCCGUCAGAUUCUUUUGAAGCACUCAGCGAAGGCAAUCCAAACGCUUGUGGCGUUAUGUGA